GCGCGCAGCAGUUGCCAGGGGAUAUCGAAGGGGAGGGGUUAUGAUUGGCUGAAGUGGGUCUGUUGCUUUGGCAACGGCAUAGGGGUUUGGUAGCGUUGCUGUGCGGCGUGAUCUGUGCGCAGCGCGGAUGGAGGAAACAGUUUGAGCAGCAGAACGCAGCGACUACUGACGCGCUUCAGCGGAACACGGCUCGGCGUGCUUCAACCAGACGUCCUUGAUUUAAUGGGUCCCAUCAUCGGGAUGUCGCCGGAUAAGAAAGCAGAAUCCCCGGGCGUGGUGGAGGAGCGGGCUGGCCUGCGCGGGGUUUGUGGGACGCUGCCCGAGGCCGAGUGCGCCGCCAGCCCUCUGGCCACCAGCCUGGACCGCAGCUCCAGCUCAGGAGACGAAGAGCUCACCAACCUCAACUGGCUCCACGAGAACCUGCUCCAGAACUUCACGCUGGGCAGCCCUGAGGCCCAGACCAGCCCCAGCCCGCUCUUCGACAUCGAGGGCAACCACGGCGCCUCCGUCAUCUCCUCGGCCGCGGCGCACGCCGGAGAAUCCGUCAAAUCCAAGCCGCCGUUCUCCUUCUCCCUGCUCAUAUACAUGGCCAUCGAACAGUCGCCCAGCAAGUCGCUGCCGGUGAAGGACAUCUACGGGUGGAUCCUGGAGCACUUCCCGUACUUCUCCAGCGCCCCCACUGGCUGGAAGAACUCGGUGCGCCACAACCUGUCCCUCAACAAGUGCUUCCGCAAGGUGGAGAGGAGCCUUGGGAAGGUUAAUGGGAAGGGCUCUCUGUGGUGUGUGGACCCUGAAUACAGACCCAAUCUGAUCCAAGCCCUGAAGAAACAGCACUUUCCCUCAGCCCACUCCUUCUGCACGCCCCCUGCUUCCCCACCCAGUGCCUUCUCACCCGCACGUCACCUCUUCCUCCAGGGCUGCUCUCUCAAAGAGUCUGACAUUGAUGCCGCCACUGCUAUGAUGCUCUUAAACUCGGCCCCUGGACACCAUAGUGACCCAUGUGACCCGGACAGCCCCAUAGACCUCUCGCGCCCGCAUUCGGUCCUGGUGAGCAGUGACCCGAAGCAGGACCACAACUACAGCAGCUCGUCCUUCCAGCGCUGCUCGUCUCGCUCUUCCUCAUCCUCCUCGUCCUCACUGUCCUCCCUGGACGAGGCCGGCUGUGACUCGGGCCAGGGCCGCCGCGCCGGCAGCGAGGGUUUCCAUAGCGAUGAGGAUUCGGAGGAGGAGAGGAACCCGCGUCUGCCCUCGCUCACCGUCAAGUGCCCUCUUCCGGUUAAACGGGCCCGUCACGAUUCCAAACCGGAACUGGACGAGGAGUUGAAGGAGGCGGCCGGGUCUCUGUUGCACCUGGCUGGGAUUCGGUCUGGCUUGGAUCUCUCGAAGCGAACGGCUAAGAGUAAAAAGCCAGAAAAGCACCGGAAAUGAAUGGUUUAGUGACAUUUUAACCCCUGGACUGUAUAUCAGUGACUGUGCCUCCUCAUUUUUCACAUCAUUGAAACCAUCUCUCUUGUUUUUUUGCAUUUUUAUACGAGAGAAUUCCCUCCCUCCCGGCAAUAGCAACCCUCACACGGAGGUGAAUGAAGCCAUACUGAGACUUACGGAGAAACGCAGGUUGUUGUGCUUCAGGAUGAAGGAUUGAGAUGAAGGAUGAAGGGAGAAAUUGGUGUUUUUUUCUCUUAAACGUUUGCAUGCUUCCUCUUUAAGUGAGUGUCCUACUCUUCCAAGUGAAUCUGUGCUAUUUAUACAGAGAACGAGUGCAUGUCUGUGUUGUUCGAAGCACUAACCUCUCGUCCAUUUUAUAGACGCGAAUUACGUCAAGAUUCCCUGCGCUUUUUUUUUUCUUCUUCUGAAGUACAGAACAAAGAAUGCAAUAAUUCUGAUCAGGCGGGUGGCGUUACAUUCGUUCUCCUCAUCAGAGGUGCUGGAUAUGUGUUGGGUUGUCAUCAGGUCUGAGCGGAUGUGUGCAGAAACAAUCCACAGAUAACAGAUUUCUUUAAGGAUCUGUCAGUGGUGUUUGGUGAUGUUUAUGGGGUAAAUCUCAUGUAAACAGGUCACACUUCACUCCAGAAUCAAAAUAAAGAAAAAUAAAUGAUAUU